AUGAUGAUAUCUGCACUCAACCUCAACCGGUCGAAGCGAGGGGUUAGGUCUUCAGUCGUCGAGCUGCCUGCUGCGGCGUCUGAUGCUUCCAGCCCCCAGGGCACACCUCAGGCGCAGAUUCAGUCCGGCGGUUCGUCCUCCGGUGACGGAUCUGCCCAUCACACCGGAGCUGCCUCCAGCGGUCCUUCGCGGGUUCCGUGGAGGCGGCCGCGUUCGCUACUGAGGCUCCCCGGGUCCGCCGCCUCGAGGCGCCAACGGACCACUGUCGAAGUCCUGCCUGAUCCACCGAGGGGCCGACGCACAACUUCGCCGUCUCCCCAACCCGGCAGCAGACCGGCGCCCUCCGUACUUCCCACCACCCGGCAGUACGGGCGCCCUUCGGAGGCCGUUCCGCGCGUUCCCUCGCGGAGUCCGCUUCUGCUUACUGCCGGAGAUGACAGCAGCGGUUCCGAUAGGCCCGCGGCGCAGGCGACAGGGGACAGGCGACCCUCUCGGGUGGUGCCGAGUGUCAUCGACCUCGCCGGGGGCAACGCUGUUCGGGCAGGUGCUUCACGUUCGCCUUCUCCUGAGUCUACCAAAGCGGUGGUACGACAUGUGGACGAAGGUAUGAGGGACAUAGAACGCAGGAGGCUAGCACGUGAGGCGACCCGGCGGGCCAGGGAGGCGGAGAGGCGCUUGCGGGACGCACAAGCCGGUUACGACUCCGAGUUCGAUAUGGACACGCCGACGCCGACGUUGAGCCAGGAGCAGAUUCUGCGGCUGCAGUCGUUGUCGCCCGUCGUGACCGACCUCACAGGAAGCCUCACCCAGUGGGAGUUCGACAUGUACACCACUACCGUCCUCCCGAGUUCGGAGGAGGACGAGACGGCCGCCUUACAGUACAUGCUAGACCUCGAGAGGGAGGAGGAGGACAAGAAGAAGAAGAAGGAAAAAGGGGAGGAGGAGAAGGAGGAACAAGAGGAGGAGGAGGAGGAGGAGGCUAAAGAGGAGGAGGGUGGAGGGGGCGGUGAGGACGACGCCGGAUUUAAAGACGGGAGGGUCAAGCAGAAAAAGAAGGGAAAGGGGAAGCGUAAGCGUAAAACUUCUUUCAAGCGCAAGAAGUAUGACGACUGCGCCAUUUGCCUCGACUCCAUUACGCCUUGUGAGGGCCGGACAACUCUUCCCUGCGGGCAUGUCUUCCACUGGGUUUGCGCGCACACGUUGCUUCUUAACUACAGUUCACAGUGCCCCUCUUGCCGCAAAGAAGUCGCGUGA